UGAAAUUAAAACCUUCACAAAAUGUGAAGAUUGUUUGUAAUCAAUGACUAUUGUACAGGUGGGUGGCCUACUGCCCCAGAUGGUCCAUAUGCGUGGGGCUACUGCUUCGUUAAGGAGCGAGGUAACCCUGGAGAUUAUUGUUCUCCAAGUCAACAGUGGCCUUGUGUUCCCGGCAAAAAGUAUUAUGGCCGAGGUCCCAUCCAGAUUUCAUAGUAAGUACUAAUUAAUUACACUCCUUGUGACUUUGUCCCACAAUUUUUAAAUUUUUUUCCUAUUUACUUUCUUUAUUUUGGCAAAGAAAGAACUGUAUUUAAU